ACUGGUUCUCAGGGAAAAGCACAUUCUCCAAGUGUUUCUCUCCUCUCUGUUCCUAACUCUCAUUUGUCCUAACGAGUUGAGAUGGGACUAAGGAUGUCAGAAUCAGCUAAACCAUACUUUGCAAUGAUUUGCCUUCAGUUUGGAUACGCCGGUAUGAACCUGGUCACUAAAACCGUCCUUGACCGUGGUAUGAGCCAUUACGUUCUUGUUGCAUACCGCAACGCUUUUGCCACAGCCGCGAUCGCACCUUUCGCAUUUCUCUCCGAAAGGAAAGUGAGGUCAAAGAUGACGUUUUCAAUAUUCAUGCACAUAUUUGUUCUUGCUCUUCUUGGGCCUGUGAUUAAUCAGAACCUAUACUACAUCGGUCUGAAACUCACAUCUCCGACGUUUUCCACGGCCGUCAGCAACAUCGCGCCCGCUAUUACCUUUAUCCUCGCCACUCUUUUCAGGAUGGAGAGAGUGGAGAUGAGAAAAGUAAGAUGCCAAGUAAAAGUGGUGGGGACAUUAGUGACAGUGGUUGGAUCAAUACUGAUGAUAUUAUACAAAGGCCCGUUCAUCAGCUCCUUCCGAUCUCAACUCACCACCGCCUCUUCGCCGCUGGCCGGUGAUUAUCUUAAAGCCACCAUCUUCCUCCUCAUCGCCUCCCUCUCAUGGGCGUCGUUCUUCAUUCUUCAGGCAUCGACUUUGAAGAAAUACUCAGCCCAUCUCUCGUUAUCAACGAUGGUCUGUUUCAUGGGAACGUUGCAGUCCUUAGCCCUAACCUUCGUAAUGGAACAUAAUCCUUCGGCUUUGAACAUCGGUUUUGACAUGAAUCUUCUCGCGUCUGUAUACGCGGGAAUAAUGUCGUCGAGCAUAGCUUACUACAUUCAAGGACUUAUGAUGCAGCGAAAGGGGCCUGUCUUCGUCACUGCUUUUAACCCUCUUGUCGUUGUCAUUGUCUCCAUAAUGAGCUUCUUUGUUCUCGGCCAAGGAACCUAUCUUGGAGGGGGUAUUGGAGUGGUAGUUUUGACGGUGGGAGUCUACACCGUGUUAUGGGCAAAGCACCUAGACGAUGACGGUGAAGCAAUAUGCCGUGAAGAUAACCCAACUUUAGAAGCCGUUAAGUGUUGUAGUGGCAAUAAUGGUCUCUCCAUAAUGCCGAAAAUAGACGAAGCUCAUGAGGAUGUUGAAACCGGGAAAAUCAAGUCGGAAGAGAAGGAAUCAUCGGCAGUGGUUGUGGGUUUUGGUUGUGGUUUUUGGUUUUGAAAGUGUGGAUAACGUUUCAAGGUGCUAAGUAGAUGAACUUUUUUGUUUGAGGCAAAGUUGGGAGAAGAGUGGCAGCUUUUUGAUUCUUGUUUUAAUUCCUUCCUCCGCUUCAAAAGUUUUAUUUAUGGUUUCUAACUUCAGUAACCAAGGAUUCCAAAUGUACCGUCCAUUUUGAUCUCUGACUAGCUAUGAACUUAUGUAAAUCACUGCAUUUGGUAUUAGUAUCCAACUACUACAUACCAUUAUUUGUGGAUUUAGCGAAGAUACAUAAUGAAAAUUGUAUUUC